ACCUAGUGCCUAGGUGGCAUCCGAACAGGCAGGUCGUACGGUUUUCGGGCGUCAUAAACGUAGGCAGUAAUCCCGGGUAAUCGUUUUCGGUUCGAUAUCGGCGCGCAAACACAGCGCCGUGUCGGUUAGCAAUAAAAAUGGCUCCGACAUCAGCUUGCGCCGUCUGCAAACACCGGUUCACUUACGUCGACUGCCCGGUGAAAUGCGACGGCUGCUCGGGGCGCGUCCACCGGACGUGUUCCAACCUGUCCGCGGAGGAGUUGAAGUGUUUGAGUUCGAAGAGCGUCGCGUUAAAGUUCUUUUGCGACCCGUGCACGGACGGCGGCACCGUUCAACCGGCUGACGUCAGACGGUUCGACGGUGCACAGCGAUCGAAUGAACCGCCGUACGAAGAUAGUGGUCUACACAAAAUAAAUACAAAUUCAAAAAACCCAAUGGAAAUUUUCAGUAAAUGGUACAACGAGCACAUGAUAGCAAACGAAUCCAUGACUUCUGCCAAAGCGUUCAGCUUGGCAACCGUUUCGAAAACCGGAAAAGUGUCUUGCCGUAGCUUAAUACUACGACGUUUGGACGAAGACGGGUUUGUGAUGAUGACCGAUGGAAGAAGUAGAAAAUCAAACGAUUUGGCGGGAAAUCCUCAGGCUUCGAUGGUGUUCCUGUGGCUGAACAAAACGGACGAUAACUUGCCCCAGACCAGGCAAGUACGUAUCGAGGGCACUGUGAGCAAGCUGAAUACGGACAACAUGAAGGAGCUAUAUGACAUCGAGCCGCUGUUCUGCAAGAUCCGUGCGCAAAUCUGUGAACAGGGAAAGGAGGUGGUGUGGGAGCAAUUGAAACGCGAUCACGAUCAGCUGUUUGACAAAGUGAUCAAGAACAACGUCCAGUUGCCUAAGCCCGACCACGUCGUUGCUUACAAACUCGUGCCAAACGUUAUUGAAUUUUACGAAGCAAUUGGCCAGAAAAUCGGUGACAGAUUGCUGUUCACCAAAGAAGGUAUUUCGUGGCAAUCAAGACAUAUAGCAGCAUAAUAUGAUAACACGUUAAUUACGCAUAAUAUUAAAUACAUUGUAUGAGUAAUGAGUGAACCACGCACCAUGUUUGAUUAAUUUUGUACACUAAACCAAUAAGCGGAAUUUAUAUACAUUCGAAAUAUACAAUUUUUCUACUCCAAAA